AACAUCAACAAAUGACUGUCAAACAGUGCUCUGGCUUGAAGAUUUGCUGCAGGAGGAAUUAAAAAUCAACAAAUUAAAUAAAUCCUUCAAUCAUGUCUAUUGAAAUUGAAUCAGCUGAUGUAAUCCGUUUGAUCCAGCAGUACCUCAAAGAAUCGAAUCUCCAUAAGACGCUGCAAACUCUUCAAGAGGAGACCGGUGUUUCCCUCAAUACGGUCGACAGCGUAGAGGGAUUCGUGUCCGAUAUUCACAAUGGGCACUGGGAUACGGUGCUGAAAGCCAUUCAAUCGCUCAAGUUACCGGACAAAAAACUGAUCGAUCUGUACGAGCAGGUAGUGCUGGAGUUGAUUGAGCUGCGAGAACUGGGGGCGGCCCGUUCGUUGCUUCGACAGACGGACCCGAUGAUUAUGCUGAAGCAGCAGGAAGCCGAGCGGUACAUCCAUUUGGAAAAUAUGCUGCAGAGGGCCUAUUUCGAUCCGAGGGAAGCUUAUCCGGAAGGAGGCAGCAAGGAGAAGAGAAGAGCGGCUAUUGCUACGGCACUGGCCGGGGAGGUUUCGGUGGUGCCAUCGUCCAGGCUGUUGGCUCUGCUGGGACAGGCACUGAAGUGGCAACAGCAUCAGGGUUUGUUACCGCCCGGAACGACAAUUGAUUUGUUCCGCGGUAAAGCCGCUAUCAGGGAUCAGGAGGAUGAAAUGUUCCCAACGCAACUGGCAAGACAGAUAAAGUUCGGCCAAAAAAGUCAUGUGGAAUGCGCAUUGUUCUCACCGGAUGGACAGUACUUGGUGACGGGUAGUGUGGACGGAUUUAUUGAAGUGUGGAAUUUUACGACCGGAAAGAUUCGUAAGGAUUUGAAGUAUCAAGCGCAGGACAAUUUUAUGAUGAUGGAACAAGCCUUGCUGGCGAUGUCCUUUUCCCGUGAUUCGGAAAUGUUGGCAACAGGGUCGCAAGAUGGGCAGAUAAAGGUUUGGAAACUUUUGACCGGUCAAUGUUUGCGUCGCUUCGAGAAGGCGCAUUCCAAAGGAUUGACGUGCCUGCAGUUUUCCCGAGAUAACAGUCAGAUUCUGACCGCUUCUUUCGAUUUUUUGAUCCGCUUGUAUGGACUGAAGUCCGGUAAGAUGUUGAAGGAAUUCCGAGGCCAUACUUCGUACGUUAACGAGGCAGUGUUCUCUCCGGAUGGCCACAAUGUGCUGAGUGCAUCAUCGGAUGGGUCAGUUAAAAUUUGGUCUCUGAAAACGACGGAAUGCCUCUCCACAUUUAAAGCCUUGGGUAGUGAGCUGGCGGUUAAUUCGGUUCUGAUGCUACCGAAAAAUCCCGAGCACUUUGUGGUGUGUAAUCGGUCCAACACGGUGGUCAUCAUGAAUAUGCAGGGACAAAUUGUUCGAUCGUUCUCGUCUGGUAAGCGAGAAGGUGGUGCGUUUAUCUGUGCGACAAUAUCGCCGAGAGGCGAGUUCAUCUACUGUGCCGGUGAGGAUUUGGUGUUGUACUGCUUUUCAGUGACUUCCGGAAAACUCGAACGUACCUUGAAUGUGCACGAAAAGGACGUUAUUGGACUGACGCACCACCCACAUCAAAACUUGCUGGCAACCUAUAGCGCAGAUGGCUUAUUGAAAAUGUGGAAACCUUAAACCAAUGGUGGUUUAUCGCUAGGCUACGGUUAGAGUUUAAGGCAAUUACUGUAUUUUGACAGUCAUAAAUAUUUCGUGUGAAAAAAAGAA